AUGUCCAUGCAAAUAUUUGGAGAGCAGGCAACAGAGGAGAAAGCAGAAAAUGCGCGUCUCUCAUCGUUCGUCGGUGCCCUGGCGCUCGGAGACCUCGUAAAAUCAACACUAGGGCCAAAAGGCAUGAACAAGAUUCUCCAAUCCGCGUCAACCGGCGAAAUUAACGUCACAAACGAUGGAGCGACGAUCCUGAAAGCGAUCCAGCUUGAUAAUGCCGCAGCGAAGAUUCUCGUCAACAUUUCGAAGGUUCAGGACGACGAGGUUGGGGAUGGGACGACUACCGUUACUGUUUUGGCUGCAGAGUUGCUGAGGGAGGCAGAGAAGCUCAUCGCGAAGAAAAUCCACCCACAGACGAUUGUUGAGGGUUAUCGGAUCGCUAGUUUGGCUGCCUUGAAGGCUUUGGAAAAGGCCGCGGUUAACAACUUCUCAAAUCCUCAUAAAUUCCGGGAAGACCUAUUCAACAUUGCCCGAACGACACUCUCUUCAAAAGUCCUCUCACAAGACAAAGACUACUUUGCAAACCUGGCAGUUGAUGCUGUUUUGAGGCUGAAGGGAUCAAUAGAUCUGGAACACAUCCAAAUCAUCAAAAAAGUUGGCGGAAAGCUGACCGACUCUUAUCUCGACGAAGGCUUCAUCCUGGACAAAACUAUCGCCGUGAAUUCACCGAAGCGGAUGGAGAAUGUCAAGAUCCUCAUUGCAAACACCUCAAUGGACACCGACAAAAUCAAGAUCUUUGGUGCUCGCGUGAAGGUGGACAGCACAGGGAAGUUGGCAGAGUUGGAACGGGCUGAAAGAGAAAAAAUGAAGGCCAAGGUCGACGCCAUCGCAGCGCACGGAAUCAACUGCUUCGUGAACAGGCAGCUCAUCUACAACUAUCCCGAGUCCCUCCUCACCGAGAAAGGCAUCAUGGUCAUCGAACAUGCCGACUUUGAGGGCGUGGAGAGGCUGUCGCUCGUCACUGGGGGUGAAAUCGCAAGCACCUUUGACCGACCGGAUCUAGUCAAGCUUGGGCAGUGCGAGUUGAUUGAGGAGAUCAUGAUCGGGGAGGACAAGCUCAUCAAAUUCUCCGGAGUGGCCGCUGGCGAAGCCUGCACCGUCGUCCUCCGCGGAUCCACAAACCAAAUGGUAGACGAGGCUGAGAGAUCCCUCCACGACGCUCUUUCCGUUCUAUCCCAAACAGUCAAGGAGACCCGAACCGUUCUCGGUGGUGGAUGUGCCGAGAUGCUCAUGAGCUGUGCAGUCGAGGAUGAAGCUAGAUCAGUAAAGGGCAAGAAGGCUCUCGCCGUAGAAGCGUUCAGUCAAGCUCUGAAACAGAUUCCCAUCAUCCUGGCCGAUAACGCUGGAUAUGACUCUUCGGAUUUGGUUUCGAGGCUGAGGGCAGCGCAUUAUGAAGGGCAUUCUGAUGCGGGCUUGGAUAUGGAGCAAGGGGCGAUUGGAUCUAUGAGGGAAUUGGGGAUCACUGAGAGCUAUAAGCUCAAGCGCCAGGUGGUUCUCAGCGCGAGUGAAGCUGCUGAAAUGAUCAUUCGCGUGGAUGAUAUCUUGCGAGCCGCGCCGCGGAGACGUGAAGCGGUGUAGAUUUGAGCAGCGAUGUAAAUGACAUACUAAACGAAGAAUUUUGAUAGCAUAAAACAUGUUCCUCAGAU